AUGUCACAUAAAUAUUCGUCUACAAUAAUUUACAAUUUCUUAAUUUUGUGUGCACUUUUUGGAUUUUCCAACAAUGCAGGCAUCAUGAAAACUGUGAAGGAUAAAGCUAAUGUAGGUAUAUUUUCCAUGAGUUCAAAUGAUUAUAAGAAGUAUUCAGAAAAAAUUGGUCUUUAUUAUUUAAAUGACGACGUUGAAAUUCUAACAGUAGAUAAUUUUAAAAGUGAACUUUAUGGUAACAAAAGAGCAUGGAUAAUUGAAUUCUACAAUGCUUGGUGUGGGUUUUGCCAACGAUUUGCACCUAGUUGGAAAGAGUUUGCAACAGACAUAAAGGAUUGGAAAGGUUUAGUAGGAGUAGGUGCCAUAGACUGUUCGGAUGAAACUAACACCGCAAUAUGCAGAGAAUUUGAAAUUAUGGGCUAUCCAACUCUUAAAUAUUUCCAUGAGAUGUACGAAGAGGGCCCCACUAAUCUAGGAUUGAACCUUCAAGCAGGAGGAGAUGCAGCAGCACACAAACGUAUUCUUUUAAAUACUAUACUGAAUGAACAAAUUGCCGAUAGGGGUAAAAUGUUCCCUACACUUCAACCUUUUACAGGUAGUCUCAAAGAUUUGUUUACAAUUGACAAUGAUCUCGCGUUUCUUGUUGUACAACAAAAUGUCUCCGAUUAUGUAGGUCAAGAAGUUAUGAUGGAUUUACAUAAAGUUAAGAACGUUAAUGUUAGGUAUAUUCUAAAAAAUGAAACAGAUUUAGUAACUAAAUUUGGCGUUACAAGUUUUCCAGCAUUAGUAGUUAUAAACAAAGAUGAAACUCACAAACUUUUAGAUGCUAAAGCCAACACUGAAUCGAUUAAAAAUGCUAUUCAAAAAUAUAUAGAUCCACAUAAAACAGCUAAUAGUAAUGAAGAACUAAUUAAUCAUAGAGAGGAUAAACAGGUAAAUAAUGUAGCUAAUUUCUUAGAAGAAAGGGAAAGAGCCAGGUUGAAAGAUAAAAUAAAGAAGAUGGGCGAUGUAGUCUUCCAAAUGGAUUUAGAAUCUACUCUUAGGUAUUCCCUUAAACAUGAGGUGGGACUGGUUAAGGAAAUUACUGACGAGAGACUACAAGCACUUAAAAACUAUAUAAAUGUCCUCUACAAGUAUUUUCCUUUUGGAAGAAAUGGAAAACUAUUCCUUCACGACUUAAAAGAGUUUGUGUGGUACAAAACUGCAGUUAAAGGCUCUGAUAUUGCAAAUUUUCUUAAGCACGCGGAAAUGGAAAAUCAACUAGUGUUUUCUUCGCCACAACAGUGGUUAGGUUGUAAAGGUAGCGCAGAUAAUUAUCGAGGUUAUACUUGUGGCUUGUGGAAGCUAUUCCAUUAUUUGACUGUCAACGCCGCUGACGAAGCUAUUGGUUCAAAUCCUAGAAUUGUUCUCGAAGCGAUGCACGGCUAUAUCAAAUCCUUUUUUGGUUGUUAUGAUUGCAGUCAACAUUUCCAAGAUUUGGCCAGAAGAAGAGCCCUAUUUAAUGUAUCGUCGUGGGAUGAUUCUGUUUUGUGGUUGUGGAGCGCCCACAAUGAAGUAAACAAAAGAUUAUCGGGAGACGAAACGGAAGAUCCCGAAUAUCCCAAAUACCAAUUUCCCUCCAAAGUAAAUUGCCCGAGGUGUUACACUAAAGAAAAUACUUGGAACAUUCCAGAAAUAUUUUACUAUCUCAAACACGUCUACACUAGUAUUAAUGUGCGAUAUAUUGGUGCAGAUACAAGAAUAUUGCAUCUAGGACUUGAUGGUUCUCCAGAUUACAAAUCUGAACCACGAUUUUUUAAAACCGUAGACACAGCAUUUUGUUUUAUACUUUAUUUAGCCUGUUUUAUGUUAAUCUUAGUACUAAUAUAUCUGUUUUCGAAAAGAGGUUAUAAGAAAAAAGUAUAUUUGCAUGAUAUACAUGGAAAAGUAUGA